GACUGCUGUAUUCCUUUGCCUUCCAUCUCUAUUCUCACGGUCUCACUCUUGCCUUUUUGAUUUUUGCUUGACUGCUUCUGCCGAGUGUCGACUACCGAUCAAUCACUACUUUCAACUUCUGUCGAUUGUCGAUCACUACCAUCUCCACUUUCACGGUCUCACCAUUUCUGGUUCCUACUUCUGCCGCUGUCGGCUGUCGAUCACUGCCAUUCUUGCUUCAGCUUUUCGGGCCUUCCCACAUCAAGUUAUUGGUUGAAGAUUUAAAUGGCAAGUGAAAGUGAUAAUCAAGCUCCUACUCCUAGUGAUGCUGCUACGCAGUCUGCUCCUCCUAUUGGCAUGCCGUCAUCCUCACCAACACUAACUACACAACAAACUAUAAUCUCCACUAAUGAGAAUGAUGCUGUCAAUUCUAAGAAACGGAAAGCACUUCCACCGAGGUUAGAAGUUUGGAAACACUUCACCAGAUUCGUCAAUGAUCAAGAUAAUGCUGGUGUCAUUGUCAAUCUAAAGGGAGAAAUGAAAGGAUCUGCUAUCACUGGUCCCAUUGGAAAGAAGUGUGCCAAUCUGUGGCCUAGAAUUGCAAGUGUUGCCAAUGCUAUUGUCUGAAAAAGUUCAUGGUUUCGUUUGUGAUUGUAGUUUUAAUGUUAUCUUUCUAUUAUUAUUAACUUUAUUCUAUUGGGUUUAAUAUGGAGGGAAACAUCAAGAUUUCUUAU